AUUAAAUAAGCAUGAUACCUACAGUAAGCUGAAAAAGCAGAUACAAUCUGCCGGUCAGCACAAACGGAGGAAUAAAAAAGCUCGAAAGAAGAGAAGUAUCGAAGACGAUGAAGGAGAAAAAAGACUCGAAGAAGAUGAAAAAACGAAUAAAAAACGACGAUGUCAAGAAAAAGAUAAACGUCUAUUAGGUCCUUUAAUAGUGGAUACAAGGAUACCAAAUAUAGAGGAGAUUAUUCAAAACAAUCCAAACCUAGAAAAAGGAGGAAAGUUCAGUCCUGUAAACUGUAGGCCUAAGGAGGAGAUCGUCUUCAUUGUUCCGUACAGAUCCCGUGAGGAUAACUUGUUAGUUUGGUUAAAUCAUAUGCAUCCCAUACUACAGAGACAAGCUCUCUUUUACAGGGUUAUUGUCGUGGAGCAAAUUGAUAAACAAUCCUUUAAUAGAGCUGCUCUUUUAAACAUAGGUAUUCUGGAAGCACAGAAAUUAGGAUCCCCCACCUGCUUCGUGUUUCAUGAUGUAGAUCUACUAGCAGAGGAUGACAGGAAUAUCUAUGAAUGUGUAAAGGGAGCAGCGAGGGCUAUGUCAGUGGCUGCCAGUAAAUGGAAAUACAAACUUCAAUAUCAGGAAUACUGUGGAGGAGUUAUGGCAAUCGAUUUGUAUGAUAUCAAGAAGUUCAACGGUUUAGCAAAUAGUUUCUAUGGCUGGGGAGGGGAGGAUGACGACCUUUAUCACAGGUUGAAAAGUUCAAAUACUUCAAUAAUACGGAAACCAGCCAAUAUUGCGAGAUAUCUAAUGCUUCAACAUGACUCUGCUGUGGAAAGUCCAGAACUAAAGAGUGUCAUGGAAAUGAGCAGUAAAGAUAAACUGAUGAACGAAGGUUUAAAUAAUAUUGAAUAUAAAAUAAAGGAUGUACAUGAGACUCCUUUGUACACAUUAAUACAAGCAGAACUUCCAGGGCCCAGGAAGGUAUUCAAGGUUGAGCAAAAGAGUUUUUUUACCAGGUUUUCAGAACAGGUUGGAAAUACUAUACAGAAAACAGUUCAGAAGAUUAUGGCCCCCUCUCAGGAGGGUGGGCACUAUACUGGAGAUUCAUCUUGGGACAGUUCUAAACAAACAUUAUAAUCAGCUUAAUUCAAUAAACUUAGAGAUAUUAAUCAGCUCAAUCAGAUGAGACGGAUAUUGAUCAGCUCAAUCAGAUUAGAUGGAUAUUAAUCAGCUCAAUCAGAUGAGAUGGAUAUUGAUCAGCUCAAUCAGAUGAGAUGGAUAUUGAUCAGCUCAAUCAGAUGAAAUGGAUAUUAAUCAGCUCAAUCAGAUGAGAUGGAUAUUGAUCAGCUCAAUCAGAUGAGAUGGAUAUUAAUCAGCUCAAUCAGAUGAGAUGGAUAUUGAUCAGCUCAAUCAGAUGAAAUGGAUAUUAAUCAGCUCAAUCAGAUGAGAUGGAUUUUGAUCAGCUCAAUCAGAUGAGAUGGACAUUAAUCAGCCCAAUCAGAUGAGAUGGAUAUUGAUCAGCUCAAUCAGAUGAGAUGGAUAUUAAUCAGCUCAAUCAGAUGAAAUGGAUAUUAGUCAACUCAAUCAAAUGAGAUGGAUAUUAAUCAGUUCAAUCAGAUGAGAUGGAUAUUAAUCAGCUCAAUCAGAUGAGAUGGAUAUUAAUCAGCUCGAUUAAUCAGUUAAAUAUAUUUAUGUCAGCUUAUAUGUAAAUUGUUACUAUUUCAUUCUAACAAUCAAAAUGUAGAAUUUAUAAAAACACAUAUCCUUAUAUAAACCAAAGAUGUGAUAAUAUGGAGCUUGUAGUUGUAAGCUACUAGUAUUGUAAAAAUAUCUGUAAAUAAACCAAUGUUAUAAUCA